GAGCGGCUCGGUUCCCCCGGGUUCCCGCCCGGUUUACCGGGGCUAAAGGAAAGACUCCUCGGCGGCAGCGACGGUGCCUGCCGGGUGGCGGGGAAAGAGCCACGGGGGUCCGCGCGGCGGUGGGGAGGUGGCGGCGGGGCCGCUCCCGUUCCCUCCGGCUCCCUCCGGUUCCCUCCCGUCCCCUCCGGUUCUCCAGAAGUUACCCGCGGCCCCCGGGGAGAGGCUGGCGGCGUGGUGGUCCCCGGGAGUCCCUCCUGCUUGACGGUGCCUUGUGGUUGAUUCUGUCAGCGGGAGCAAUGGAGAUGCAGUCGUACUACACCAAGCUUUUGGGAGAGCUCAACGAGCAGCGCAAGAGGGACUUCUUCUGCGACUGCAGCAUUAUCGUGGAAGGGAGGAUCUUCAAAGCGCACAAAAACAUUUUGUUCGCCAACAGCGGUUAUUUCCGAGCCCUGCUGAUUCACUACAUCCAAGACAGCGGACGCCACAGCACCGCCUCGCUGGACAUUGUCACCUCGGAGGCCUUCUCCAUCAUCCUAGAUUUCCUUUAUUCCGGGAAGCUAGAUCUCUGUGGGGAAAAUGUUAUUGAGGUGAUGUCUGCGGCUAGCUAUUUGCAGAUGACCGAUGUGGUCAACUUCUGCAAAACGUAUAUAAGGUCAUCGUUAGAUAUUUGCAGGAAAAUAGAGAGAGAAGCUGCUUUCUAUCAGGCUGAUAGCGGGAGCGCUAGUUCUGCGAGAGAGGGCACCUCGUACAGCUCAAAGAGCCAGUGCUCUGCCCCUGUCUCUUCCCUGCAGGAAAAGGAAAGGAUUUCGGAUUGCCAGAGAGAUCCUCCCUGUGGUGAAUGCAGCAGCUGCCAUCCCCUGGAGCUCGUCGUCAGAGACCCCCUCAGCAGCGACUCCCCGGACGACGUUAAUUCUUCGCUGCCCAAGGGGGUGGAACCCAAAGUGGAGUUUGACUCGGAUGAAGUGGAGGUAGAAGUGGGUGAACGGCUGCCGCAGUACCCGACUCCGUUGUCCCUCGAGCAGAUGGAAGAGGGGCUGCACGGCGGGCAGGCGAUGGACCUGGCCUGCAAUAACUAUCAUAUGAAACAAUUCCUAGAGGCCCUGUUGCGCAACAGCUCAGCUCAGAGAAAGGAUGAUGUGGUUCAUCACUUUGUCCGGGGCUUUGAGGGUAGGCCAGAGGACGCAGGGGUAGCCAUGAGUUCCAUGAUGGACAUUCACAGCGACUGGUAUGGUGAGGACACAGGUGAUGUGUUAGUUGUGCCAAUCAAGCUUCACAAAUGUCCGUUUUGUCCCUACACGGCUAAACAGAAAGGAAUACUAAAACGGCACAUUCGCUCUCACACAGGUGAGAGACCCUACCCCUGUGAGACGUGUGGGAAACGUUUCACUCGGCAGGAACACCUUCGGAGUCACGCUUUAAGUGUGCAUCGAUCAAACAAGCCAAUUAUCUGUAAAGGUUGCAAGACAUUCACAAGUAGCCUGUCUCAAGGAUUACGACGCUUUGGCUUGUGCGACAGCUGCACCUGCGUGACCACUACCCAUGAGGACUCGAUGCCCAUUAACCUCAGCCUAAUGGAACCUUCAUCAGAAGGCCAAGAGAAGGGUGAUGCUGAUAACGAUUGGCCCAUAUAUGUGGAGUCUGGAGAGGAAAACGAUCCAGCUGACGAUGAUGAUGCCGAUGGUGAUGACAAGCAGGAAAUCCACAGGAGCUUAUCAGAUCGAGAAACACUUAUGUAGCAGUGAGAGGAGAGUGGGAGCAUUUAAAGUGUUUCCCUGGCAGUGGUCAGUCUGCAACUGGAGACUGCAUGUUUGCCCAAUUAGUGAGACUGUGCUGUUUUUUUAUAUUCCAUUUUUUAAUAGAAGAGUGGGGAGAAUUGGAAUUUUUAAUACUUUUCAGUGCUGUGCACCAGAAAUCUGUGAAGAAUCUUCUGUCUGGGGUUCACAGAGGUUGUACUUGAGCAAUUUCCAGUGGUGUCUCUGCCUCCUAGUUUUGAUUUUGCAGGUGGAACAUCUCUGUUUCGUUUUGAUAACAGGUUUCUUCAAAUAAUGCUGUCAUGGUCCUUAAUCCCUGAUCUGAAAGGGGCACCAUCUUCUCUCUGAAGAUUACAUUAAAAGAAAUGUAGUUUUCAUCCAUUAUCUUGGACUUUUCUAAACUAAGUUGUGAUCCUUCUGUAUUAGGACAGUAUUAUCUAAAUUGUAAACCUUAAGUGUUUGCUUAGACUGGAUUUGACCUGGAAACCAGGACAGACAAACCAGGAUAACAAAAAUAUGCUCCUGAUGAAAGCAUAGACAGAAUAAACAUAUUUCACAUGUCCUUAAUUGCAGGUAUUUAGAGAACAAACUUCUCUUUCUGUAUUGUUUUUAUUGCAUCUUUCUCUCUGAAGAGCUUGGACUACAGAUCUUCAGAUGUGUCUUUAAUGUCAUUUAGACAUUAGUAGUCUUGGCUUAAGAAAUAUUAAGCAUACAUUAUGGUGUCUAGUGUCCUGGUCUCUCAGUUUAGACUAAGCGAACUGCCCAAUUUUCUUCAGUUUUUUACACUAGAAGUUAAAAGCUGUCAAGCAGGUUACUUGGCAAUUCUGAUUCUGGUAGAUUAAAUAGCCAGAUUCACAGCUGAUGUAGCCGAGGAGCAGUUAAAUAUAAAUAUCUGAGCUAUGCAUAUAAACCAGCUCUGAAUACCCUUUUUGAAGCAAUUGGGUAGGAAAUCUCAGAAAUUUUUACUAGCCUCUUUGUAUGCAAAUCCUUUUCUUUUACUAUAUUUUCUUCUAGUCUUUGGUGAUCCUUCUCAUGGUUUGUGUUGUUGUGUGAACUUAUCCAAGUACUGUUUUGUUGGGUUUUUUUUAAAAAAAAAAAACUUAAGAGUGGACCUCAUGUUUCUUUGCUGGGAUAGAUAAAGGUUGGCUUUCAAAGGAGGUGAGAUUUUUUUUGCCUUUCCAGUAGCAAGUUGAUACAAGCUAUCAAAAAUCAAGCUGGGGAGCUUUAGAAGAAAAUGCACCACCAACAGAAAGCCUGUUUGCCUAUGGGUAACCUACUGUUUCCUAAUGAAGAGACAAAACUGAAAUAUACUGUGAAACAAGACUGUUAAUGCUUCUUUAGUAUGUUGUUCGUAAGUGUUUCAUGAAAAGGCAAAUUGUAUGAGUCUUUCUAGCUGGAGUAAGUGCUAGAUCAGAAGCCUGUAGACAGACAUGGCUGACAAAAAAUGAGCAGUUCCUCCCAUUUAACAAGGCAGUGCUUCUUAAGGUUUUUAGUGUAAAGGCUUUACAUUUGGCAAACAUUAGAUGGAACCUAAAAAACAAAGAGCCCCCUGAUUUAACCAGGGUUUGUUUGGGGUUUUUUUGCAUACCUUGUGUUUUUAUUUUACAUACUGAAAAAGAACAAUUCAGCUUCUCUAUCUGCUUCAUCCUACAGUGAAACAGUAGUCCUAUAGUCGUGUCGCAAUUUACUUGUUGAGAGGUGAUCUGAUAUCACAAAUGGAGUUAAAAGUUCAUUGCCAGAUCAGGUAGGAUGAGGAAAGAAGAAACAAGCUUCUUUUUAAACAAGUCCCUUUACUGGUGAUUCCUGAAAAGAGCAGAAGGUAAAGAGUCUUGUUUUGAAAUAGUCUGGUCUAAAUUCUUGAUGAGUGCCACCUUCGCAAGAAGAUACUGGCAUCCCGUGCUACAUUUAUUUUCUGUAACUUAAGCUGCAUAAGCUUUCAGUAGUCCCUAUUGCAGGUCAUCUGUAAAUUUGAGUUUGUAAUAGCUGAACUGUAUCAUAGUGACAUAUAUCAUCAUAGAAAAAUCUCACUGGGACAAGAUCUUUAAAAAAUUCAGGGCUCUAUAGCCCCUAUUUCAGUCAUUGAAAUUAAGACCAUCAAAACUCAUGUAGAUGCCAGAUUUGGAGCUGAGCUCCUUUGAAGAUCCUGCUGUGGUUUUGGGUCCUUAGCACUUUUGAAAAUCUGAGCAAAAUGUCGGCUUGUAAAUCAUGCUGGCACAUUUGAAAAUGCCACCUCCAGCCUACCAGGGCUAGUCUUUUGGACUACUACUCUAUUUUUGUUGAGUCCAUCCAACAUCAGAGGGUGGUUUUUUGGUAUCUGCUUAUCUGAUAAAGGAUGGACUUCUGCAUGUGAGAACACCUGAAAAAGAGUCACAGAUUAUCUGUGUUUGUUGGGAGACGAACUCGCUAAUGAAAGUGGGGUAAGAAUGUAAACAGGGAUCCAAAAUGGUGUUUAGUGACCAGGCAUCCCAAUUUCUGGCCAUUCUAGCGUGAAGAUGCCACCUCAUUGUAAAUAUUGGUAGAAGCCACUAGACGUGGAAUAUCAGCUGGGCAUGGUUCUGGCUAGUGCACCACAAUUAAACUGUCAGAAGAUUUAGCUUCUCACACGGCUGAGCUGUGUUGAGGUGCGGGCUAGCUAACUCUGAAACUGUAAAGUAAUUCAGAGUAGGGAAAAUUAACCUCUUGCGAAAGUCUGUUAGUAAGAGCUGCAGGAAUGACUGCAGAGACCUUCAGCAAUUUUACUUCAACCUGCUUUCUUUGGUCUUAGAGAUUGUUCUUGUGUGUCUUGUGCAUAGAGAAUGGAGCUGUGUUAAGGUUUGUGUAACACGGGGUAAGGGGUGCGGGUGGGGGGUACGCCGUUCACAUUCCAGAUUGAAAGUGACCACCAAAAUCGAUGUUUCCUGUUGAUCUGUCAUGUUGUGCUGCUUUGUUUUCAAUGGAGUCCUUCAGCCUUUGUAUUUAGAAGAGGAUGUAGUUUAUCCAUAUUCUUGUGACCAGAUGUUCAUGUAAAUCUGUUUGCUGUGCUUUCCAUUUAGUUUUUGGAUGUUUUUCCUGAAAUCUUCCAUUGUAGAUCCAGCCUCUACAAGCUUUGAGAAAAUGAUGCAGCUGUUUUAAAAUAUUCAUAUGGUGCUUAAUGAAGAAUCAAAAAUAAUGUUUUUAGGAAAGUUAUUUCUAAUAUCUCUUUCUCAAAGUUUUUUAAAGGCCACGCAGACUACAUACCUUAAAGUCUUAGCUCUAUGUAAUUGACUUUGUUUAGGAGUAUAUGUUUUAACGUACUUUUGCACAUAAUUGCACUGUAUUUCACUAAAGGAAUACAUGCUGCACUGGUAUUUGUAGCGCAUUUAAUUUCUUGGUGCAAGACCUUGUAAAUCUUCCAAAUGUGGUCAUUUAAUUUACUGAUGUUUUGUAAGGCAGUUUCAUAACUGAAGUCCUUUAGUCUAGUUUAAAUGACAAAUUCUUAUAAACCGAACCUUAUUUGUAGAAGUGACUUAACUAUAUUUGUGGAUCUUGGAGCAUUCUGGAGCUUUUUGAUUGUCUAGAAAAUAAAACUCUCUGAGAGGGU